GGUCCGAACCCCGCGGCGGCCGCAUCCCCGCCUCGCGCGGCUGCCGGCGGCCAGGGCCAGGCGGCGGCGGCCGAGGCGGAGCCCGCGAGGGAGGAGGACCCGGAGAAGACGAACCUGUGCCCGCCGAGCAGCACGCCGGGCGAGGGGCUGAGCCACGGCGGCGGCCUGCGGCCCAACGGGCAGACGAAGCCGUUGCCGGCGCUGAAGCUGGCGCUGGAGUACAUCGUGCCGUGCAUGAACAAGCACGGCAUCUGCGUGGUGGACGACUUCCUGGGCAAGGAGACCGGGCAGCAGAUCGGCGACGAGGUGCGCGCUCUGCACGACACCGGCAAGUUCACGGACGGCCAGCUGGUCAGCCAGAAGAGCGACUCGUCCAAGGACAUUCGAGGCGAUAAGAUCACCUGGAUCGAAGGCAAGGAGCCGGGCUGCGAAACCAUCGGGCUGCUCAUGAGCAGCAUGGACGACCUGAUCCGCCACUGUAACGGGAAGCUGGGCAACUACAAAAUCAAUGGCCGGACGAAAGCCAUGGUUGCUUGUUAUCCAGGCAAUGGAACGGGUUAUGUACGUCAUGUUGAUAAUCCAAAUGGAGAUGGAAGAUGUGUGACGUGUAUAUAUUAUCUUAAUAAAGACUGGGAUGCCAAGGUAAGUGGAGGUAUACUUCGAAUUUUUCCAGAAGGCAAAGCCCAGUUUGCUGACAUUGAACCCAAAUUUGAUAGACUGCUGUUUUUCUGGUCUGACCGUCGCAACCCUCAUGAAGUACAACCAGCAUAUUCUACAAGGUACGCAAUAACUGUUUGGUAUUUUGAUGCAGAUGAGAGAGCACGAGCUAAAGUAAAAUAUCUAACAGGUGAAAAAGGUGUGAGGGUUGAACUCAAGCCUUCUGAUUCCAUCAGUAAAGACGUCUUAUAGAGCCUUUGAUCCAGCAAUACCCCACUUCACCUACAAUAAUUGUUGACGCUGUUUGUUAACUUGUGAAUACGAAUAAAUGGGAUAAAGAAACAUAGACAACCAGUUGGCAUUUUAAUAAGGAAACUGAAACAACUUUGUCGUGUUGCACCAGAAAGAAGAUUUUGACUGUGUGACUUUGUACUGCAUGAUUGACUCCACGCCUGUGAUUGCUCAUGGGAAGAAUAUAAGCUACCAGCUGAAAAUGGGGUUGACAUCUGGACAUGAAAUAAGUGCCCUAGGUAGAAGUUUUUCAUUCUUAUAUUUUGUCAGAGCUGUCAUCUAGAUGAGUUCAUUUCAUCUCUCCCUUUUUUAUAUGGUCAAGUUUGAAUUUGAAGUAAUUUUUGUAUGAUCAGGUACAAUACAUCAAAACUGAAUCGAGAAAAAAAUUACAGUAUUACUCCCCCAAAUAGCAUCAAUCUAUUUUUGUAAACUUCUUCAUACUAUUAAAUUUUGCCCUAAAAAAGACCUCUUAUUA